AUGACGGAAAAGAAUUUUUGUAACGGUAUGGAUUCAAUGCAUUUUGCUGAGCUAAUAUUCUUGUCCGGACUUGUUUUCAACAAAACACUUAUGUGGAUCACAUUUAGCUGUGCUUAUGAUUUUGGGUAUUUGGUGAAGAUCUUAAAUCAAAAGAAUUUACUAAACUGUUUAGAGGAUUUUUUAAAUAAUCUAAACUGGUUAGAGGAUUUUUUAAAUAAUGUAGAAGUGUUGUUUGGAAAAAACGUGAUCGAUAUGAAACACAUGAUGAAGUGUUGUCUGGAACGAGUAGCUACUACUCUAAAUGUGAGUCGCGUUGUUGGAAAGUCUCAUCAAGCUGAAUCUGAUAGUUUAUUGAUAAGUCAAACAUUUAGGAAAAUGAUAGAAACUUGUAUUAUCAAUAAGAAAGUUCUAGAUCUUAAAGAUUACGCUGGAGUGUUAUUUGGAUUAGAGAUUCUUGUUUAG